AUGAACCAUCGGAGAAAACAGAGUAACAUAACUAACUCCGCCGUAUUCUUCAUCGGAAUAGUUAUCAUCCCCGCUUUAUCCGGUGGUGUAUCAGCUCUCGGAGUAAACUGGGGAACAAUGGCGACUCAUCAGUUACCACCGAAGACUGUUGUUGAGAUGCUUAGAGACAACAACAUAGAGAAAGUGAAAUUGUUCGAUGCAGACACAAAGACGAUGGGAGCUCUCGCCGGCUCCGGCGUCGAAGUUAUGGUGGCGAUACCUAAUGAUCUGCUUCAAGCUAUGGGAAGUUAUCAAAGAGCUAAAGAUUGGGUCCAAAGAAACGUCACGAGGUUCAAUUUCAACAACGGUGUUAAGAUCAAAUACGUGGCCGUAGGUAACGAGCCGUUUUUGACAGCAUACAAUGGUUCAUUCAUAAACCUAACGUAUCCAGCACUCGUAAACAUCCAAACCGCUUUAAACGACGCCGGAGUCGGAGAUUUCAUCAAAGCCACCGUUCCUUUAAACGCCGACGUUUACAAUUCUCCGCCGGACAAUCAAGUCCCAUCCGCCGGGAGAUUCCGUUCCGACAUUUUGCAAGAAAUGACACUCAUCGUUAACUUUCUCGCACAGAACAAAGCUCCUUUCACUGUCAACAUUUACCCUUUCUUAAGUCUCUACUUAAGCACCGAUUUCCCAUUCGAAUACGCCUUUUUCGACGGCCAAAACACCGUUAACGACAACGGCAUUAUCUAUACAAACGUUUUUGACGCUAGUUUCGACACGCUUUUGGCUUCUUUAAACGCUUUGAACCAUGGUGAUAUGGAAGUGAUCGUUGGAGAAGUUGGUUGGCCUACUGAUGGAGAUAAGAACGCAAACGUUCCAAACGCGGAACGGUUUUAUUCUGGUUUGCUUCCUCGGUUAGCUAACAACGUUGGAACUCCUAUGCGUAAGGGUUACAUUGAGGUUUAUCUUUUCGGAUUUAUCGAUGAAGAAGCGAAAAGCGUUGCGCCGGGAAACUUCGAACGUCAUUGGGGGAUAUUCAAAUUCGACGGUCAACCGAAAUUCCCGGUUGAUUUUCGGGGACAAGGUCAGAAAAAGUUUUUAACCGGAGCUCAAAACGUUCAGUAUUUGCUAAACCAAUGGUGUAUGUUUAAUCCCAACGGUCGUGGUAACAUUAGUAGGCUUGGAGAUAAUAUAGACUAUGCGUGUUCGCGUGCGGAUUGUACCGCUUUGGGUUACGGAUCGUCUUGUGGCAAUCUUGAUGCGAAUGGGAACGCGUCUUAUGCGUUUAACAUGUAUUUUCAAGUGCAAAAUCAAGAAGCUCAAGCUUGCGAUUUCGACGGGCUUGCGACGAUUACUACACAGAAUAUUUCUCAAGGGCAAUGUAAUUUCCCGAUUCAAAUCGGUGAGCCAUCUUCAGGGCAUUAUGAUUACAGUUAUGGUUCGAUUGUUAGGUUGGGGUUGGUGAUAUGUGGCUUGGUGUUUCUUCUCAUGACACAAUGA